AUGACAUAUGAAGAAGAUCAAGGCUCGUACGACGAAGACGAGACUGAGCAACUGCAGGAUUUAGCCACCUACCUAGAUGCAAAGCAUGCUGCUGGCCUGGAGGUUGUCCAACAACUCAAAGCUCUACCAUCAAAUCCGCUUGCGCUCUCGUACAUCACAGACCCCGAGCUUCGCGCCUUUCUGUGCGCACCAGACGUGGAAAAACACUUCACUACUUUCAAGUACUGCUCAGAACUCUUUCCAGUCAUGGGCAGUUACAUCCAACAGCGCGCUCCAAACAAGGUGUUCGUAGAGACAUUCGUGUACCUGCGCGACAAGGCGAAGAAAGCAACGACGUUACUAGAGUGUUUCCAAAUCGUUCUCGAGUGCCUGCUAAGCUACGAGCCGUCCCGACCAGAAGAACACUUCAACGGUAGCGAAGCCGGAUUGGAGUUCUUUGGCGAUAUGCUCAAGUGUAUGAUUACCGAUAGGCAUCUUGAAGUCCCUCCGAUCGCUUUCCAUUUCCACGAGAACAACUUUACUAUUCCCGAAGCCACUAUUCAGCAGCUUGAAGAGGAUCAAGACGUGCCGCAAGCUUUUCCGGAGAAACAGGAGGAAGGCUCUAAGAGGCAGUCAUCCCGGAAGGAGCUUGGUGUUCUGAACACACGUCAUCUGGCGUUCGAUCCGGAGUCACUGAAGGGUCUACUGGACGACGAACCGUCCCGUAACUUCGAGGCUGUACAUGUCGCAUUUCCAGAAGAUGAGAACGCUAUGGGUAUAGACGUGGAAGAUGAGCAGGGUAACGAGCUCGUUUGGAGAGACGGGAAGUCGCACAUCAUCUUCGCUGUUACCAAAGCUGAAGACAAGACUGCUGUCAAGGAGACGAAUGAGCAACCAGCAAAGCCUUCAGAUGAGCUUCAGCCUGCGCCAACGAAGACGACAUAUCAACCAACAGGUGGCUUUGGUUUCGAUUACUCAGAUGAUGAAGACGACACACUCUUGAACGAUGAAGUGGCCAGAACUAAAGUUAUUGAGGACAAGAACAACGACACGUCCUCAGACCCAUCGCCAUACCUAUGCAUACCCUCCUCUCCACCCGUAUCCGCCGCAGAGUGUUCAUUCCAGUCUCAUUCAUCUAGUGCGUCUUCUCCAUCCUCACCGUCCCUUCCAGCUCUUCCGGACAAAUCCGAGAAUGAAGAUGCGGAAACAAGUCAACCCAAAAGUGGUUCCUCCUCACCAUCGUCUCGUAAGCGCAAGUCGUUAUCAAGCGAGGCAAGCGAACACACCAAAGGCUUCAGCAGUGACCAGGAAGAUGAUGAACAAUACCCUGACCCUCCCAUGAAGCGAAACUGUAGGAACAGUCUAUCAUCCGACUCUUCCUCCUCUCGGUCUGCAACGCCAAUAGAGAAGUUGCGCAAUUCCCCAUCAGCACCAGCCUCACCUUUAGCGGACCUACCUCCUCUACCAUCUUCGCCUACAUCUCCAGAUAGUUCGUCGUUGUCUUCUGUAUCGUCUUAUGUGGACUCGGCAUCAUCGUCUCAGUCGCCUCCUGCACCCCUUCCGCCGCAGCCAACGACGCCACAGCACCGCAUGCAGACGCGUGCUAUGACACGCAGUGCAAGUACCACACCGGCGCCUCCGGAUGCGGCAUCUACGAGAGCAACGCGUUCAUCGGGGAAGUGA